CUGAAAGCCUGUACCAUCAGGCACACCAUGGAGAAAGGUGGAAACAUUCAGUUGGAGAUCCCUGACUUUAGCAACUCAGUCCUGAGCCACCUCAACCAGCUGCGCAUGCAGGGUCGUCUCUGUGACAUUGUGGUCAAUGUGCAAGGACAGGCUUUUCGGGCUCAUAAAGUGGUGCUGGCUGCCAGCUCUCCCUAUUUCCGAGACCAUAUGUCCUUGAAUGAGAUGAGUACUGUGUCCAUAUCAGUCAUCAAGAAUCCUACUGUUUUUGAGCAGCUCCUUUCAUUUUGUUACACUGGGCGGAUAUGUCUACAACUGGCAGAUAUCAUCAGUUAUCUAACAGCAGCCAGUUUCUUACAGAUGCAGCACAUCAUAGACAAAUGUACACAGAUUCUGGAGGGUAUACAUUUCAAGAUCAAUGUAGCAGAAGUUGAGGCAGAAUUAGGCCAGACAAGGACAAAGCACCAGGAGAGACCCCCAGAAUCUCACAGAGUUACUCCAAAUCUAAACCGCCCCCUCAGCCCACGCCACAACACACCAAAGGGGAGCCGAAGAGGCCAAGUUAGCACGGUGCUGGACAUCAGGGAGCUCAGUCCCCCUGAAGAGUCAACCAGCCCACAGAUAAUCGAGCAGAGCUCUGAUGCUGAGAGCCGGGAGCCCAUCCUUCGAAUUAACCGAGCAGGACAGUGGUAUGUGGAAACUGGGGUAGCUGACCGAGGGGGUCGGAGUGAUGAUGAGGUGAGAGUCCUUGGAGGAGUUCGAAUCAAAACGGAGAAUCUGGAGGAGUGGCUUGGGACUGAGAAUCAGCCCUCUGGAGAAGAUGGGAGUAGUGCUGAGGAGGUUGCCGCCAUGGUGAUCGAUACUACGGGCCAUGGGUCAGGAGGACAAGAGAAUUAUGCCUUGGCCUCUUCAGCACCCAAGGCCACUCGGCCAACCAGCAGUGAAAUGGACAGAUUUAGCCCUUCUGGCAGUGUUGUCACCCUGACUGAGCGACACCGAGCCCGAAGUGAGUCUCCUGGGAGAAUGGAUGAGCCUAAGCAACCCAACUCCCAGGUCGAAGAAUCAGCGAUGAUCGGAGUAAGUGGUUAUGUAGAAUAUCUUCGUGAACAGGAAGUAUCUGAGAGGUGGUUCCGAUAUAAUCCCCGGCUAACCUGCAUCUACUGCGCCAAGUCCUUCAACCAGAAGGGCAGCCUGGAUCGCCACAUGCGCCUACACAUGGGGAUCACUCCAUUUGUCUGCCGAAUGUGUGGCAAGAAGUAUACCCGCAAAGAUCAGCUGGAGUAUCACAUCCGCAAGCACACGGGCAACAAACCCUUCCACUGUCACGUUUGUGGCAAAAGCUUCCCCUUCCAGGCCAUCCUGAACCAGCACUUUCGCAAGAAUCACCCAGGCUGCAUGCCUCUGGAGGGGCCUCAUAGCAUCUCCCCUGAGACAACAGUCACAUCCCGGGGACAGGCUGAGGAAGAAUCACCUCCACAAGAAGAGACAGUUGCCCCUGGGGAGACUGCACAGGGAUCUGUAUCCACCACUGGGCCAGACUGAAAGAUGGCAGGGGAGAGGGGGAGGGUGCCCUGCCCCCUUCUGGGCCAUAAGUAGCCAGCAUCUGAGCCAAGGGCUGGUUCUUGGAUUCACAAAAUGCCACAUCUCCAGAAAGGAAGAAGCUCCCAAGAUGUUGCCAAACUAGAGGAUUAAUAAAGUACACAGAAACACUCAAGGCUCUCCCCCUUCCCUUCCCCCACUUCACACCUCAGAAAAUAAUUAAGCAAAACA